CCAACCUGCCUUAUCGACUUCCUCUCUGGGGUGGCAGAUAUACAACACUCGAGACCACGCUGUGCAGAACCCACGCCACUUCGCAGCCGCACCACUACAGCCGCUAGCCAACAGAGGCGAGUGAGGAGCCUCGGCCGCGCGCCAAGGCAGUUCCACCGUCUUGUGUGCGCCGGGCCGCAAUGCGCGCCCAUCCGCGGUAGCAUGGACGACCAAAACGACUCCAGGGCCGGCAGCAGGAGUCGCAGACCACCCAAACGGCCCCAGCAGUUCAUGUUCAUUGACUCGACCGGCGCCAAUGGAGUCAAUGCCAAGCCUGACAAAAAUGUCCGCAGUUUUGUCAUGAAGUCGGCGCGGAGCAAGAAGCCAUGGAGUACGCGACAGAAAGAAAAGUCUACAUCGCCCUCGGAGGAUAAACCCCAGAUUCCAAAAAGAGAAAGCAGCAUAGCCGAAUCCAUAUCUCCUACCUUAGUCUCGCCAUCCUGGCAACACGCUGCUGCGAGCCCGACUACCUGGUCGACUCCGUCCAAUCUGUCGCCUGUCAGCAGCAGGAACGGUAGUGUGCUCUCGACUCGCAGCCGCAGUCAGCCCUAUCUCAGCCCACCCUCAUCUUCGUGCAGCCUGUGUGACAACCCACAAUGCGUUGGCGAUUUGUGCACUCAGCCACAUGCGUCUAACCAGCUGGUAAUCCGGCGCGGGUUCUCGGUCGAUUUCGUCGCCAAUCUGGACUGUCUGCCUGUACCAACGGAUAGCAAUACGAGAGAUCUGCUCGAAAACUGUAAGACAUCUUAUUUGGUCCAUGUACUCCAUUCUUUAACACUGCCCCGCAGUCGUCAACACCUACGCCAGUGGCUUCGUACCGGUCGACCAGCACCACACCUCGAAUAAAGCGACCACCAACUGGAUAUCGAAAAGCAUCUUAAGUCCCACAGGCUCGUCAUUCAUCUAUGUUAUUUUCACCGCCAGUGCUCUUUAUCGCCAGGCCAUGGGCGCCAGCAAUGGUCAAGAUGUGCUGCAAUACAAGAUCAAUGCCAUUUCGGAGAUUAACAAACAGCUCAGUGAUAGUACGUCUCAGAUCGAUGACAACAACAUUGCUGCCGUUUUCAUGCUUUUAUGCAUUGAGGAAGGUGCAGUGUCGUCUGACCAG